AUGGCUUGUUUUGCAGCACGAACAUUUGGAUGUUUGGGCUUUGAGAUCCAAAAGAAGCCAGCUAAGCUUCCCACUCUUAAGCUCAACUCUUUGUUGGCUAGAGGUUUAUCGCAGAAGUUUAUUAACGUAGGAAUUGUCCUCCGUGCCAAUGAUGGUAGCUCCUUUAGGAUUAGGUCCCUGGCUGGUGUCGUGGGUCUACUUGAGCAUGGUAAUCCCAACACCACCUGUAUGGCUUAUUGCCCUGAGCUUCAUCGCACCGAGAAGCUUGUUACCGUCGGUCGUGGAACAACGUCCAUUGUUAUGGCCCUAUUAUUCUUGGUCUACCUUGGCUACCUUAUUAGACAGAUCGCUUUGGACAUUCCACUUCUCAGAAUCUCGACAGAAAACUUACCAAAUAUUUACCCUGCUCCUGAUAUUGAAAUCUGCGCUCAGAAUACUACUGUGAGAAUCGUCCGGUGCGAUAUUACUCACGCCGAUUGGACUGUCAAGCCUCUAGAAAAUUGUUAUGACAAGAUCAGAAUAGGUACAACCCAGUUAAUGGGUUCGUCCUUCUGUAACCUCUUUGAGGCAAACGGCACCUUAAAUUACUGGAUCAGCCAGGAUGUUCCACCAAAUAACGACGUUAUCAGACGUAUCGAUAUCUACUGGCGUGUGGACAGUGUUGUAAACGCCACGGCCGCCUCACUCUCGGUCCCGGCCUUGAGCAUUCAAUUAUAUUCACCAUCGUUUAACAGAUGGACUAUUGAUCCAACAAAACUUAUUCCGCAACAGGUCCAGCCAUUCGCUGAUAUGGUUUUAGGAGCUUACAGAGCCACUUCAUACAUGAACACCACAAGCGCCCUUUUCUUUGUUCCAGGCAAAUACAAAGCCAUCAUGCCCAAUGAUCCCGCAUCAAUUAUCGGAUUUGAUCCCAAAUUUAAAGAUAUCAUUACACUAGCGACAAACCAGAACAAUUGGCCUUUACAUGAUAAUCCAUUUCUCGCCAAUGAUACUUAUCACGGAUUCUUUACUGUGCAGCCCUCGCAUGCAUCAAUGGAAGUCAGAACAGAGCAGAGACAGCACACUGCCUUGGCUGGAAUUGCCCUUGCUGGUGGUGCUUAUGGCGUACUCACAACAAUAUAUAUCCUCUUUUUCGGUAUGACACGCUUGACGCCUUGGGGACUUGUUCACCACAUCCCUGUCAUGAUGAGCCGCGGAAAAGAGCGAAUCCGACGUAAAUCACAUCCCGCUGACGAAGAGCACCAAUUGUAUGAAAAUGACAUGAAAUCCCACUUACCAUGGUUCAUGAGAAAGCAUCUCUUCAAAGACUCGGACAGCUCUUCAGACGAGUCUCAAGAUGACAUUGAACUCAAAAACCAAUCGAGUCAUAUCGAAACAACUCACCCACACCACACCAUAAAGGAUAGCGAUUCCGAGCAAUUUUUAUUAAACAGCAAUAGCCACAAUGUUGAAUCUCGUGAAAGAGACAUAGGAGCAUUCAGCAUGGCGGGUAGUGUAGUAAUUCCACUAUCCGACAAGGACAAUGACAUUGACAGAAGCAACUAUAACCACAAGGUCGAGGAAUUAAAUGAACACUGGCAGCAAAGGUGUCAAGAACUCGACUAUCGUGUUGAAGAACUGGAGAUGAUUUUAAGCGAAUACUUUUUGAAUACCGAGUACUUGGACCAAAUCCGCCAGAAGAACCGAGCAAACACAAAUAAUGCCAGGAAAAGGAGCUCUGUGGCUGGUUGGAAUUCAGGUGGAACAAGACUGACAGGUCGGGACCAUAUGUCAGGGCAACCGGAAUUGCGAGCAUUUCACAAGCCAUCUGAAAGCACAGAAGGUAUUGCUGAGUGGACAAGUGACGGUAUUGCACCCGUACGAACGCACACAGUAACAUCUUUGAACCAAACGAACAAGGAUUAA